AAAGGAAUAAGCCAAUCCCUUGCUCAGUUUGUAACCGGGAGGCCUGACAGCAUUCACUAUAGGUGCUUCCUGUUAGCAGACAGAAAUGCAGACCAAUGAAAAGAGACAUUGAGUCUAGCGACUUUAGCUAUUGGUUGUAGUAUUGCUGGGCUUUUGUAACACUCUGACAAGGAACCAGCUGCUGCCUGAAGCACACACUGAACAAACAGAAUAACUGGGGUCAGGAGAACAAGAUAACUUUUUCUUCUGAUUCGGAAUGAAAGCCAAUGCAGAUAUGAAGAUAUCUAUACAUAUUAAAAGUUCCAGACCUCCAGACUGACCAGAUUUUUUCCAUACUGCUGUUUGCUGAAGCUGUGGGUCACCAACCACCGAAGCCAUGAUCACAGUGACCGAACUCAGGUUUCUGGCAGACGCUCAAACGUCUUAUCACAUUUUAAAGCCAUGGUGGGAUGUCUUUUGGUAUUACAUCACCAUGGUUAUGUUGAUGAUUGCAGUGUUAGCAGGCGCACUGCAACUCACCCAAAGCAGAAUGCUGUGCCUUCCCUGUAAAGCCGAAGUGGAGAAUCAUUGUGCAUAUCCUUUGGAACCGGUCCUUAGACAUGUUAAUUUAUCAACUGCUUCUGCAGGUCAGGCAGUUCCAUCCAUAGGCAUUCAGAAUGAUCUUCACCGCCAACAGUAUGCUUACAUUGAUGCCGUAUGUUACGAGAAACAGCUUCACUGGUUUGCCAAAUUUUUCCCCUACCUUGUGUUUCUGCACUCAAUAGUCUUUGCAGUUUGCAGCAACUUCUGGCUUCACUAUCCAAGCACAAGUUCUAGACUGGAGCAUUUUGUAGCAAUUCUUUAUAAAUGUUUUGAUUCCCCAUGGACAACACGGGCUUUGUCCGAAGCAGUUGCACAGCAAACAAUAAAAACACAGCAUCGUAAAAGAUCCCAGCUUAGGACUUCUUCUGGUGCUGAAGAUGCAGAGGCACGCAGGCAAUCGCUGCAGCCUGCAAUUGAGUCAUCAGCAGUAGAAGAUGAUGCUUCAGGUGUCCUAGACAAAAGAGAAGGUGAACAAGCCAAGGCUUUGUUUGAGAGAGUGCGUAGGUUCAGGUUCCAUGUUGAACAAAAAGAUAUUAUAUACAGAUUGUAUAUGAAACAAAUUGUCGUGAAAGUAAUUGCACUAAUUGUGAUUAUUGCAUAUGUGUCUUAUUAUUUGAUGAAUAUAACAUUUGAAAUUGACUGCAUUGUUGACAUUGAAGCAUUUACAGGUUACAGAAGAUACCAAUGCGUUUAUUCACUUGCAGUAAUUUUCAAAGUGUUGGCUACAUUUUACGUUCUUCUUGUGUUCUUGUACGGUUACGCCUGCUUUUAUAGUCUGUGGUGGAUGCUUAGAAGUUCUCUCAAGCAAUAUUCCUUUGAAGCAGUACGAGAGAAAAGCAAGUACAGCGACAUCCCUGAUGUACAAAAUGACUUUGCCUUCAUCCUUCACCUAGCAGAUCAAUAUGAUCCCUUGUACGCCAAACGGUUUUCAAUAUUUUUAUCAGAAGUGAGUGAGAACAAAUUGAAGCAAAUUAAUCUCAACAAUGAAUGGACAGUAGAUAUGCUGAGGAAUAAGUUACGACGAACUGCUAAGGACAAAAUGGAACUUCAUAUGUUCAUGUUGAGUGGGUUGCCAGACAAUGUCUUUGAACUUAACGAGAUUGAGGUACUGAUCUUGGAACUUAUACCAGAUGCCAAACUGACACCUAUGAUAACCCAACUGGUAAACCUUAAGGAACUUCAUAUUUACCAUUCCACACUUACUGUAGAUUUGCAGGCACUUAGCUUUCUUGCAGAGAACCUGGAAACCCUGCAUUUGAAAUUUACUACAACGGAAAAGAUCCCAUCCUGGCUCUUUCUUUUGAAAAAAUUGAAGGAGCUGUACUUAGCAGGAUCUCUUGAUAAUUACAGUUAUUUUUACAUUGAAGGCCUUCAGGACUUGAAGAAUCUGAAAUCUCUCUAUUUGAAGAGCAGCCUUCCCAGGAUCCCUCCUGUAGUCACAGAUUUGUUACCAUCGCUGGAGAAGCUGUCCAUUAAUAAUGAAGGAAACCGGCUGAUAGUCUUAAUCAGUUUGAAAAAAAUGACAAACCUUACUUGCCUGGAAAUGCUCAACUGUGACUUAGAACGCAUUCCACAUUCCAUUUUUAGUCUCCGAGAACUGCAGGAGAUUGAUUUUAGAGGAAAUAACUUUAAGACGAUCGAGGAAAUAAUUAGCUUUCAGCAUCUGCAGAAACUGACCUGUCUGAAGCUGUGGCACAAUUCUAUUGCUUACAUUCCAAUUCAGAUCGGAGUUCUAGCAAACCUAGAACAGCUUUACCUAAAUCACAAUAACAUUGAAGUGGUGCCUCUUCAACUCUUCCUGUGUAACAAGCUCCGGGUUCUGGACUUAAGCUAUAACAAUUUAUCCUUUAUCCCAGAAGAAAUCCAGCUAUUGAAGAACCUUCAGUAUUUUGCUGUGACAAAAAACAGUAUUGAAACACUGCCUGAUGGACUGUUUAAAUGCAGCAAACUUCAGUAUUUAUUACUGGGAAAAAACAGCCUGAUGAGCAUUACCCCACAAGUUGGAGACCUGAUGAACCUCAUAAAGAUCGAGCUUAUUGGGAACCAAAUUGAAUCCCUCCCUCCUGAAAUGGAAUCUUGCCAGUCUCUUAAACCAAACUGCAUUAUUGUGGAAACUCAUGUGUUACGUACUCUUCCAUCACUUGCAAAGGAAAAUACCAAACCGUCACAGAGAGAGAAGAUGCAAUGAAGGAUAUUUGGUCUCGUUAUUUAAAGGUACAAAGUGGUGGUCAAACUGGACUCUUGCUAAUAUUAUUUCCUGGUGGUUUUUGGACUUCUGGAUAUACAACCUUGUAGUGAUAUAUCUACAUCAAGGCUUAAUGGAUCAUUCUAGCAAAUGGGCAUAUUUCCAACAUUUUGGCAGAAUUUCCUGCCCUGGAGUGUGCACAUUUGUUCAUUUAAAGAAAUAAAUAAUUGCCAAGCCUUGGUAUAUACUGAAAUUAGAAGUGUAAAAACAGUUUUGGGUACGGUUGUAGGAUAACACAAAAAAUUACACUUUGCACACUGCACUUAAAGUUGUUAAUGACCCCUAAUAUUUGCUUUUUAGCCUUCUCAAAUGACCCUUGAAGAGGAUGUACUAGCAAUAAGCAAAUACUUCUUGAAAAAGGUGAUUAUGGAUGUACUAAGGCAAUUCAGGGACUAAUGACAGAACUAUAGAUCUGGAUGGGAAAAUUAGAAUAAAGGCCAGUAUAUUCAUAACAAACACCCAAAAAUUCCCUUGGUCAUCCCAGCAGCAUCAUGGGCAAUGCACAAGUUCCUACACCAGAAACAUUAAUACUAAGGGACAGAUUUAUCAAUGGUCGAAUAGUAAAUUAAAAUGAUUGAGUUUCAAAAUUCACUCGUUCUAAUUUUAAUCCCCCUAUUUGAAUGUAAAUUUGAAUGUGAGAUUUAUCUCGACCAUGAAAACAGUCCUAAUUUGAAUAUUCGCAACCUAAGUGUAAGGGCACACGGGCACAUUCAGGGAGAUGAGAAGCCCCGGUAACAAAUCUCCUCUUCUUAGGGGCAACAAUUUCUCCCCAACUGCCUUCCCCUACCUGCCUGCUGGCUAUAAUAAAUAAAUUGCCAGCAUAAUGGCACUCGCGGCGCUUCGUUUUCCAAGGUCGUCCAACGUUUCCUCGUGAGGUAACUUCGUGUGGCUUCGAAAAAACGAAAUGCCUCGAGUGCCAUCCCACUGGCGAUUUAUCAUUAUAGCCGGCAGGAAGGCGGUUUGGGGAGAUCUCCCUGAAUCUGCCCGUGUGCCCUUACCCUAAAACCUGGCGAGAUCAUUUACAAGUCAAUAGCAGAGGUCCGUUGAGCCAUUUGGAGAUGUUAAUAGCCUUCCUGACAUUCGAGUUUUUUUUCCAGAGAAAAACUUGAGUAGUGCGAAUCGAAGACUUUACGAUUUUUCAGACCGGAACCAUUCGAUUGAAUAUUAGACAUUCAAAUUUUUUCUUAAAUAGCCUCCCAUUUAAAUGGUGAGUAUAUUCGAAUUAAAAAACAUUAACAUAAAUCGUAAAUUCGACCUUUGAUAAAUGGGCCUUUUAUUGCUUCAUUAAUAAUCACUCUGCCCUGUAUGUUCCCAUUUCUAUACCCUGAGGGUAUAAGGAGGAGGUUUUCUUCUCACUGCCAGUGCAUACCUUAUGCAUUUCUUGUCUUUUUGUGAAAACUGUCUGUUCUUCUAAACUUUAAUAUUGUGAAACGAGAGAGCACAAAAGGGAUUUCAUUUACAGAAAGCUUUUUGAGGAAAUGCAGGACCUGCUGUAUGUGUAGCUCUUUUACUUGAUUUAUAUGAGAAUUUGGUACUUUAGCCUUACUUGCUAAGAGUAAUGAUUCUAUUGCUUUAAGUGUAUUGUGUAUAUCUGCUAAUUUUCAUAAUUAAAUUAUUAUAAUUUA